GUUAGAUUUUGUAAAAUUGUUAUUGUGAUAUCUGUGACUUCUCAAUCACUGUGAUUUCUAACAGAUUCGCGAUUUCCUGCCCACCACUACUAGAUUUUAUUAGCGAGAGCUGUGAAUUGUAACCGACCAGCGAAAUAUGUAAGGACUGUGACACGUGUGAACUGUGAACGACCAGAGAACUGCAUGACAAUUGUGAUUGGUAGGCUUUGAACAUUGAACUUUUUUUGAACUUUAGUUGAACUAUAAUAUCUGAUGCUGCAAAAUCAAAUUCAUCGUUACAGUGAAAGUUCUGAGGUAUAGGAAGUGCUGAAGUGCUAUGAAAAUAAAAGUUAACGUUUUGUGCGUGGCCCAUGGGACUACGUUAAAAUUCGUCACUUCAAAUUCUUCAUGCUACGAGUCGGCGCAGCGUGCAGAGCAGGGUACAAAGCAGCCACAGACAACAGGUGCGGCGAUAGCAAGCAGCGGCCGGCGCAUUUAGCAACACAGGGAGCGUUUGAAGCUCCAGCUGCAGCACACCACAACAGCGGAGUUGCAACCAGCGGUGCAGCCCGUAGCUACGAGAAUCAGCGGCAGUACGUGGUGGAAGAAAAAGUAGUCUCGAAGAGGAUGGGCAUUGUGUUUAGUGGACGAUGCUACAGCAAGGCGCGUCUCGACAACAAAACGGCCAUCAUCACUGGCGCCAACACAGGCAUCGGUAAAGAGACUGCGUUAGACCUGGCCCGCAGAGGAGCGACCGUGGUGCUAGCAUGCCGAGACGAGCAGAAGGCGGAAACAGCGGCGGAGGACCUUCGGAAGCGGUUGCAGAGCUGUGAGGGGGCGGGGCAGGUGCACGUCCAGAGGCUGGACCUCGCAUCUCUCACUUCAGUUCGCGCCUGCGCACGACGGCUCCUGGAGCAGCACCCUAAAAUACACCUGCUCAUCAACAACGCCGGCAUCAUGGCGUGCCCGCACGCCGUGACGGAGGACGGCUUCGAGAUGCAGCUGGGUGUCAACCAUCUCGGCCACUUCCUCCUCACGUGCCUCCUGCUGCCCAGGCUUCGCGCGUCUGCUCCUGCCCGCAUCGUCAACGUCUCCUCGCUGGCGCAUUUAGGUGGUUCUAUCGACUUCGACGACCUGAUGUGGGAGAAAUCAUACAACGCGACUUUCGCUUACGCGAGAAGCAAGCUUGCCAAUAUCCUGUUCACCAAAGAGUUGGGUAAACGACUUGAAGUUGUCCGGAAUCCUAUAGGUACUGGCGUGACAGCAUACAGCUUGCACCCAGGAGUCGUUGCGACUGAGCUCAGCAGACAUUUCGACUCGGCGUACUUCCCUGGGGUGACCUGGCUCUUUAACAACAUGGCGCGCUUCGUCAUCAAGUCUCCUGAGCAAGGGGCGCAGACCUCCAUCUACUGCGCUGUCGAGGAGAGCCUCAGCAAAGAAACUGGACUCUACUACAGCGACUGCCAACGGAGGAUGCCGUCGAGGCGAGCUCGGGACGGGGAGACGGCGCGUCGCCUGUGGGAGGAAAGUGCGCGACUCGUCGGCCUCAAAGAGUGGGACCCGUGCACCGCGCCUGACGGCUCGCAGCCCUUCUGAGCGCUUCUGCAAUUGACUCUUACUCAGCUCUCACACCGUCACACAGCUAGUGAUGAAACAUCGGCAAACAGGCGGAAAACCGUCCUCAUUCUAGCUUUCGGGAUGAAGGGACUUCCUCUGUCACGAGAUAAGGGAGUAAGAGCACACAAUUCAGUAACCGAAAUCGGAACUCAUCCGUAAGCCGACCAUAAACAGUAUUUUACGGUAAAGGAUUUACAGUCCAAAGGUUGUGCAUAUAUGAUCGAGGAUAAGUGGAGGAAAGGCGUCCAUGUGUGUGUGUGUGUGUGUGUGUGUGUGUGUGUGUGUGGGUGUGUGUCAGGAACAGAAAGCCGACACUUCUCUGUACCUCCAGUAUAAACUGUAUAGGCUUUCUUACGAAAAAACCCUCUCUCUCUCUCUCUCUCUCUCUCUCUCUC